AUGACCGCCUCGUUACUCCUCGGCUCGCCCUGGAUCGACCCAGUCAUGUUCCUCUACGACGGCGGCGCACAGGAGGAGAGAAGCAAGAACAUGGAAGGCUUCACCGGUGGGAACUUCGCAGCGAACCAGUGCAGGAACCUUUUGGCGCAUCCGACCUCUCUGGCUCCCAGCACCACCUAUGCUCCCAGCGAGGGGCCAGUGUCCAGCGUGGGGGAAUCUGGCAAACAGUGCAGCCCCUGCUCUGCAACUCAAAGCUCACCUAACGCCUCUCUGCCCUACGGAUACUUUGGCAGCGGUUAUUACCCGUGCAGGGUGUCACACGGCGGCGUCAAGGCGUGCUCUCAGCCCUCCGGUUAUGGAGACAAAUACGUGGACUCCUCAGUUUCAGGUGAGGAGUUCUCCACCCGGGCGAAGGAGUUUGCCUUCUACCAGGGUUAUUCCUCCAGCCCCUAUCAGCCCAGCUACCUGGAUGUGCCGGUGGUCCCUGCACUCAGUGCGCCAUCGGAGCCAAGAGAGUCUCUGUUGCCCAUGGAGCCCUAUCAGCCCUGGACCAUCACCAACGGGUGGAGUGGACAGGUUUACUGCACCAAGGAACAGACGCAGGCAAACUCUCUAUGGAAAUCCUCAUUACAAGACUCUUUAUCCGGUGGUGUGGACAAUUCAGUCCGCCGUGGAAGAAAGAAACGCGUACCAUACACUAAGGUGCAACUUAAAGAACUGGAGAGGGAGUACGCCACCAACAAAUUCAUCACCAAGGACAAAAGGAGGCGAAUAUCCGCGCAGACGAACCUGACAGAGAGACAAGUGACGAUUUGGUUCCAGAACAGGCGCGUAAAGGAGAAAAAAGUUGUCAAUAAGUUCAAGAGCUCCACUUAGCUCUGGAGUCAUUCCCAGGAGUUGGGUGCGUUUUCAUCAGAGGUGAAAAAAAGAAGAAAAAAAAAGACAGAAAACUGUGCUAUAAUUUAUUCCAUUUAUGAACUGUUACACAGUCUCCCCAGAGCGGCUCUGGU